CUAUUGUGAGCUCUGCAGCACCACCUACACAAACCUAACUCUUCACCUGAAGUCUGAUUCACACACCACCUUUGUCCGGAACGACAAGAAUUACUUGUAUCUUGAUGAACUUAUCAGUGGGCAGAAACAAAACUGUCAGAUAUUUGCUGGAUCCCAAUGAGGUAUAGUGGGUUGAUGCCCCCAGAGAGACCUGUGGCCAGCCUGAGCAGCAAUCACCCCAAGCGACUGCGUAAGCAAAUUGUCUUCAAGAUUGGUGAAACCAUACAUUCUGGUCCAUCCCUUGUGGCUCCAGCAGUGCUCAAGGAUGAGGACCUGAUUACCACAAGCAAGUGUGUCUUCCCCAGCAACCUGCAAGAGAGCUCCCAGAUCCCCUUGGACAGUGAUCACCUAGCCCAGAUUCCCUCCACCAAACCCAGUUCUCCACAACCCUCAGAGACACCGUGUUUCAUUGGCCACACAUCACUUCAAUCUUGUACCCCCUGUACUCAAUAUUAUUUGGGCACCAAAGGCUCUCUUCCAGCAGCUUAUGUACCUGAUGUUUUAGUGCCCAAAAUUAUUGUGUCCAAGGUCUCAAAGACUGUUAGAUCUGCAGCAACGAAAAGUGACAGUAAAAGUUGCACAGCUAAGGCACUUAAUGGUAAACGUGUGAAAAAGAUCAUAGUACCCAAGAACAGUAUUGAUGAAACUUGUUCUCAGCCGGUGAUAGUUAGUAAAUCAGCAGUUCCCCAAUGCAAGUCAGUUGAAGACCUAAAGAGCAGAACCUAUCUAAGGAGUGGACGUGCAGUGGAACGGUUUGAAAAUAUUCAACCAGUAAUAAAGAAGGAACCAGAUGAAGCACUGGAUCCUGUAGUAUACCUGAACACCAUAAAAGAUGAGAGUUUUACAAGUAUAGAAUCUGGUAUGAUAGAAUUGCCUGAAAGAAAACCAGAAGUUUAUGAAGCAAUACACCCAGAGUUCAAUAAGGGGCGACUGCUGAUCAAGGUGGUGCAGAGAGCAACGCCUACUGAAGCUGUGGUAGAUUCUUUGGAUCUAUCCACCAAUCUUUCUAGAGCAGGUGUUGCUGAAGAAAACAAAGAAAUGGUCAGACUCAUUCAAGAAGCAGAUUCUAAGCUUGACUCUUUUUGUCCUAAAAGGAGCAGUCGUGCAUCUAAGAGAAUAGGCAGUGCUGAGUUUGGUGUCAUUGAAAUAAAACCAGAACCAGUGACGAGAGUGCGGCGGUGUACCAGAACUCGCAAGUGUAGCUGCCGAUCAGAUAAGUCUGAGUCUGAAACCUCAGACUCACGUAGUGUGGCAGAUGAGGCGCUGUAUUUCGAUAUGGUGGACAAGACUGCUAAACUAGGAAAGCCAAAGAAUGGUGAGCCCCUAUUAGAUGAGGCUACCACUCAUGUAAGUGCCAAGUAUAAUGGUGAUGUAAGCAGUGAAAUAGCUAAUGGGGCUCACAAAGUCAAGGGACGCAGAGUUAGCCGCGCCAACAGCGAUGAGUCUGAUAGUAACUCUGGCUCAAAGAGUAAUGGCAAUAUAGACCACAAUGGUGAUAAAGUAGAUUUUAGUGUUCUUCUUGAGAUCUCACCUGCUGAUAGGAAAAAGUUUGAAAGUAAGAAGGCAAAAAUUAGACGGAAAACUGCUGAUUGGCUGCUGAUAUCUGAAACUGAACAGUAUUAUAAUGAAAAGGAAGAAAUAAUGAGAAAUAAAAAUAAACUGGACUCUGAAAGUGAAAGUGAUGAAAGUGAUACCUGUACUGAAAACCAGGACUCUAGAAGUGACUGUUCCGAUGAAUCUGAGAGCACAGCCGGUUCAUCGAGAAGAAACAAAGGUAAGGGGAAGCCUGCACGGCCUGUUGAGGAUGACUCCAGACCCAGUGCUAAGAGACCAAAGGAGGACUUAUGCUCCCAGAAGAAGAGAGGCCGGCCUGUAGUGAGCCGGACGAGAAAAACAUUGUAUGACCUUACAAUGUUGAAUGAUGAUGACGACGAUGAUGAAAACUUCUUUGGCUUUCCAGUGAGCACCACAAUUCCUCAGAGUACACGAACCAGCUGCACUGUGAGUGGAUCAGCUUCUCAGACACGUAGCAAAGUGAAAGAGAGCUGCAAGCACUCUUUUGAUCUCUCCUCUGGUAGUGGUAAAGUAGGACGGAAACGACUGUCGGAUGCCGAGAGAUUUUUAAGAGACAACAGAGAAUACUACCACUUUCAGGAGACAACUGAGAGGUUGCGGCGUUCAACUUCAUCUUCUGCAGAAAAAGAAAAGAGUGGAAGAUUGGAUGGCUGUGAAGUGAAAGAAGUAGAGAAGAAAGAGGAGUCGAGAUUACGGGAACCACCACCACCUCCGGUAUCAAAAAAACGGUCUGUGGUUGAUGGUAGAAGGGUGACUCGUAGUGCUGGUAUUAUUUUGGAGGAGCCUGAUUCACAGGGCAAACCAAAAGUGAAAAGUGUUGAAAAGAAUGACUCAAAGUGCACAGGAAAGAAUGUAGAAAAAACAGAUGUCAAAGAGAAAGACAAGAGAAAACUCCCUGAUGAUCCAAAAAAGAAAGCUCCUGAAGAAGACAAAAGGAGAGGUUGUGAGGGAAAUAAAAGAAAAUGUGUGGUUGAAAGUAGAAGGAUUAGCAAUGAUGUUGAUAAAAAAGAAUCUGAAGACAAAAAAGACAGUGAUGUUGAUAAAAAAGAGUCUGCAGGCAAGAAAGGUGGUGAUGUUGAAAAAAAAGUGUUUGAAGACAAGAAAGAUAGUGAUAUUGAUAAAAAAGUGUCUGAUGACAAGAAAGACAGUGAUGUUGAUAGAAAAGUAUCUGAAGAGAAGAAAGAUAGUGAUGUUGAUAAAAAGUUGUCCGAAGACAAGAAAGAUAGUGAUGUUGAUAAAAAAGUGUCUGAAGAGAGGAAAGACAGUGAUUUAAGAACAACUGCAUUAGAAUCAGAAAACAGGACUUCAGAAAGCAUUGCUGAUUACCAUGAGUCUGAAGGAAGAACUAAAUAUGUGGAGGUUUCCUCUUGUAAUGCUGCAGUUGUUAGUAAUAGUGAGUGCACAGAAAGUAGAGGAAAAAGAAUUCUUAGAGCUGAAAUUAGAGAAACCUCAAGAAGUGAUUUACAAGAUUUGUACUUUUCUUUUGAGGGAGUGCCUGAUCAGGAGAGCUGGUACCAAACAUACCAGAGACUAGUAGAUGGAGUUUGUAGUAAUGAGUUUUGUUAUGAAGAGGAACCUCUAAAGUUUGUAUUACCUUAUGAAAUGCCAAAGGAAUAUGUCAGAGACUUUCUUUGUUAUAAGAAAGGUAUGUUAGCAAAGAAAAAAAAUGAUCUUGCAGACCUUGUUCGAAAGUCUCCAAGGUGUCAUGCAUCUACUCUUGCUCUUUUUUCUGAUAUUAUACCAACCAAAAGAGUCAAAAAUGCUAAAGUCUUAAGAUCUGCUCCAGUCAGAGUGGAAGAAGCCUCAUCAGAUGGAACCAGUACCCCUGGGGCAGAGUCCACUAAGCUACCUCCUCCUGAAUGCUUUGAGUCCACUGAGGAGUUAGCAAUCUUAGCACUACACAUUGACCACAUAAUGAAAUCUGAAGGAUGUUAUGAGGAAGUGCCUGUUUGCAAUCCACACAUUGAAGACCUGAAAGAAUCUGAAGGACUGGAUUACAAAAAGACACCUCCAAAGAAAAGGGGUAAGAAGAAAAGGCUGAUGGCAGGAUCUAAAUCUGAAAAAGCCUUUGAAAAUGCAGCUAAAGAGCUUAAGUUGUUUGAUAAUUCACUUGCACAAGAGGUAGAUCCAGUUUUUAUAGCUGGUCUUUGUGAUGACAUGAAGGACUUCCUGAUUCCAGAAAAUAUUCUUGCUCGAGAAGCAUCUGAAGUGGUGGAAGAUUCAUGUUUUUGUGUGUGUACUGACAGAGCUUCGUGUGAUGAAUUUUCUAGUGCAGAUGAUAAUACUGAAGCCAGUUCAGAAUGUGUCUCUCUUUGUGAUUCUGAAACAAUUGACUGUUCUGUCAUUAGUGAACCUAAACGUGGGCGUAGUGCUAAGAAACGUCGGAAAAACUUAACUGGCUGGCCAAAGACCCAAAAGCGGAAGAAGCCAGCACCAUCUCAUACAUCAGAUGAUAAUGAUAGUGCUUUGGGAUGGGAUGAUCUUGAACCAAAGAAACAUAGGUGUUGGAAGAAGCAACAAGACUUUAGCCUCCUAGAGCAGACCACAUCUGAGAGACUUGCUGCCCUGGCUGCAUGUGAUCGGAGAGCUUCUCCUAGAAAAAAGGCUUCUGUCUUGUACAUGGACACGUGGCCAGUUAGAUUUCGAACACAAAAAUAGAUUUUAUAGAAGUAUACUUAUGACUGAAUGAUUCAUAUUGGAUUGUGUGAUGCAUGAAGUGUUUAUACAUAUUUAUUAUCAACAUGUAUGGUGUGUGUGCUGAUUUGUUUUUCAAAAGAUGGAACCAAGGAGUCUCAGGAUAGCUCUGUAAGAGAGUGAUUGAAGUGUUUGUACAGGUAGGAUUGCCUAAGUUAAUUUGAAUUUGAGUGACUGUUGAGGAAUGACAUGUUUAUUUUUAAGGUAAGCAUUUUGUAUGAUUUUUCAUUAAUGCAAAAAUGAUAUAUCUAGUUAUGUGAAUAGUUUAUUCUAUUUAUUUUUUAGACAGUUAAGUGAAGGCCUAAAAGUUUCCUUACAUUUGUAGUGUAAAUGCCACUUUUGAAUUCUCAGCGUUUUUCUUGUAUUUUCUUUACUUGGGUACAAAAUCAUAAUUCUUAGUGGCUUUGUAUACGGUGUUCCAUUGAUGUUCACCAGACCAAUAUAUAUAUAUAUAUAUAUACGUAUAUAUAUCGAUAUAUAUGUAUACCUCCUACACAUGAUUUGAAACAUUUACUAUUUUGUAGGACCAACAUUAGCAUACCAUGAUUUGACAAAUUUUAGCAUCUUGAAAACAGUCUGAUCUCCAUUUUUGCAUUAAUUUGUAUCUCUUAAUCAUAAAAAAUUAGUGAUGCAAAGAUGGUGAGUAUAAUUUACUUUUUAAGAAGGAAGCUAGUUGGGACUGGCCAUGACCUGUUUGUUCCCUAAGGAUUUCACUGUCACUGUCAGCACAAGGAAGGCAAGACAAGGCUUUUUAUGUUAGUCAGGAUGUGAAGUCAAAUUUAAUUUGUUAACAUGUCUUUUAUCAACUCCAGAAUGAGGAUGGACACACACACACACACACACACACACACACACACACACACACACACACACACACACACACACACACACACACACACACACACACACACUAUUGAAUUUUAAGUUCACUCUUGUCACCAAGGAUUUUUCUCUGAUAGGCAAGUAAUUACUACUUUCCUUAUGCAAAAAAAAAAAAAAAAAAGGGAUGUGUUUUUGUGAAAAUGAUUGCUUUACCUGUGAAUUGAACUGUAUGAGCUUAAGGCUCUGACUGAGAUGAUAACUUGGUGAGCACAAGUUUACCAUGUGAUACUUAACACAGAUGCACACAUACACAGAUCAUAAUUUUGUUUGGACCUAAUUAAAGGUUUAAAUGUAAACCAAUUACUUAACAUAAGUUCCCUAAACCAGAUAGCCAUGAACAUUGAACUUAUCAUGUGCCUUGCUUAUUAAUUAUGUAUGAUCAUUCAUUAUAAUGAAUUCAAAACCAAAGUGUUCAGACUAGCAUGACCACGCUUACUUGAGUAGGCGCUAACAAUCUUUCUCUGUAUCUGAUGUCUGUUUCUUAAAACUUUUUUUAAUUGGGAUGGCCAUAAUAUAGUCCCACAGAACAGCACUGCCUCACAAGCUAUUGAAUGAGAAACACAUAGGGAUGAUUUUGAUCACAGGAAGCCCAAAUGAUAAUAUAUGCUAUAAUUAUAUUAGUAGUAACCAGUGCUCAAUGGUUGGUUAGGCUUGGACACCAUUGUGCCUCAGAACUAAAGUUAGCUGUUUCGUCACAGAAACUUAGAUCCAGUCCCAGCCUGAGUAGGAUGCCAAGGAUUUCUCCAUUGUCCACAAAAUGCAUCCAAUGCCUGAUGAUCCAGAGAUUUAUGUUAAUAUUGAUAUUAUUUGGAAAACUUCAUAGUGACUACAUUUUGAAGAGUCCCUUGACAAGAUUACCUCAUCACCCAGACGGCUUUCAGUGCUUCUCAUAACUAGACAGUCAAGCUAAACUUUGAGUUCAGUGGUAACUCAACCACAGAGACCUAGCUGCCUCUAAAAAGUAAGUUAAUGCUGCAGCUGUGAAUUUGCAUCAUUUGGAGAAUGGAAAAACUGGGCAAGGUUAUGUGGGUCCCCUGCCCAGCACCAUGCUUUUACUUGGAUAAAGAACAGAAUAGAGGCACAUAAUUGAAUCCAAUCAUUGUAUCAAUACAAUUUGAUAUUUAGAUUCAUUAUCAAGUAAUAAAACAAUAAAAGAUUUUAGUACUUAGAGAAACUACUUUCAUUGAUUAAUUGAUUAUUGAUGAUGGCAUCCAACAACUAACUGCAUGAUUUUUAUCUUGAAAGGAAUAAUCUAGGAAUGAUUGGAGAACACUAUUAAUGAUCUUGCUCAGGUGGUAGAUUUGGUUAAUGAUUAACAUGAUGGGCAACAAAUUCUAGUCACUGAAGCUUGACUAUGUCUGGGUAAGAGGUUGAUCUUACCAAAACACCAGGUUCUACUCCCAUUCCCAUCAACAGUACGGUGCCUCGGUGAUGAUCCCAUCAUCUACCUUGUAGUUGAAGUAAAGGAAGUACCUCACAAGGUAAGCUAGUCACAGGAGUAUCUUCCUGAAGUUGCUACCUGGUACUUUUUACUUGGUAGUCACACAUGAUAGAACACUAGUGUGAUUGAAACAUUGGAUGCAUUUUUUUCCAGCAUCCUUGCUGGCUUUUGCUUAUCCCAAUCCAUCUAUCUCUAUACGGACAGCUUUUACAAGGUACUAACAGAACUUUAAAACAAAGUUGAAUGAAUUUAGUAAGGUGUGAUUUUGUUGGUAUUUUAAAUACUUAAACAAAUUUUAAAUACUUAAACAAAGUGUGAAAAUGUCCUACUAAACAUGCCAGACUGACAAUAUACCUGUAGUUAAGCUGGUGAUAAUUCUUUACAACUUAAGAGUAUAACAUUUUGCUUCUGUGUAUCACCCCCUUGUAGAUCUAAUAAGGAGUAAAAUUAUGGCCAUCCUCUUUACUUAUGAUAAUUUAUAGUUACUCUGUAACCAGUUCACAUGCCAAUGGGGAGUUUUCAGAACUAGUGGCUGUCACCAGGUGGCAACACAGUAUGUGUUCCCUUCACUCUCACAGGGGUAAUAUAGAACAUACAUGCAGUGUCAUCCUGUAAUGCAUUAAGUUGAUAUAAUAUAUAUAGUUUUCUACAUAAUUCCUUCUAAGUAGUAACACAGGCAAAAUCAAACCCUAUUCAUGAACAAAUGUAUAUAAGUUGAUUUUCUCAUGAACUGGCAUUGAGGCUUAUUUGAUCAUCUCCACAUUUCCAGAAGAGUACACUGUUGAUCGGAAGUGUAUUAAUCCAGUCGACAGUUAACAUGAAAACAUGUCCGUGUCACUUAAAAGUCCAAACUAUACAGCUCAACUUACUAGUUAAUGGAAACAACAAUUCUAAUUAAGAAUAGGCCACUUGAGUAUCCUGGUGAGAGUGUUGCUGUCUAACCCAACCUGGGCCGGUUGUUUAACUUAACAAACACACUGUUGGACAAAUAAUUAACUCCUGCUGUAAUGUCCAUGCCACUGUGCCAUGAGGAGGAGGAAGAAAGCUUCACAUAUUUCUCUCUCCUCACUCUACAGCCAUCCAGUGAUAUGCUUGUUCUUUGCUUGAAUGUUUUGCCACUUCUCAAUCUUGAUGAAAGCAAUGCUAAAAUCCUCACGAAAAUAACUAUACACGUAUAUCAUGAUGUUACUGAAUAAGGUGGGGCAUUCUAUAUAUUACAGUCAAAGUUUUUACCUUUUUCAUUGUCCAAAUCAAUAGAUUUUAGACUUGUAAUAUGCUGUAUUUAAGAUAUUGAUAGCAGUAUUACAAGAUAAUCACAAAAAAAAUAUUUGUUUGACCAAGUUCACGCAAAAUUAUCCAUAUGGGAUAUUUAAAAGUAGAUACAAAAUGUAAACAGUAACAUAAUAAUCAAUGUUCUAUGCAUCUGUAUGUGUGGGAUUAAUAUAAUAGUAAUUUAGCUCAUGUCAGUAAGGGACAUGUAGCAGCGGUGACAUCUGGUGGAUUAAUUCUGAAAACUCCCCAUUGUCCUUCAAAAGUAGAAGCUUCUAUUGCUGAUUUCCCCAUAACACCUGCAUGUGCAAGUACUGGUUGAUAAUUCAUAGUUAGAUACUCAUUAGUAUGAUAAAGCUAUGAAAUUCUAUAGAACUGGUGCAGACUAUGAAACCAAGGACUGGUAAUGAAAAUGUCAAAAUGUGUUAGACAUGGUGAUUUGGCACACUGUAUCCAUGUUAAGAAAUUUUUGCAAAGGAAAUUAACAGAAAUGAAGAUCAGACUAUUAACACAAGAUAUUUUAGAGGCUCCUAGCUCUUUGUGACUCAGUAUGAUUAGUAUUAUCUAUCAUCAUUUGUUAUUGAUGUCAUUAUCAUUAUUAUUUUUUUAUAUUUGAAGUUUUAUUCAACAGGAACUUAUUCAAGAUUUCAGUAGAAUGUUUUCUCAAGCAAACAAAAUUAUCUUUGCUAAUACUUCAUGUUAAUUCCAGAGAAAGAAAGAGAGAUAAUAUUUUGUAUGUUUGUGUGUGUGUUUUGGUAAGUUUCCAGUAUUAAUUCUGGAGUGUGUGUAUGUGCGUGUCUGACAUAGAGUGCUGAGGGUGGGGGAGGGAGCUGUUUGGGAAAGAGAAUUAAUAUGUCAAAAGUUGAAAAUUAAAAGAACUAUAAUGUAGAAUUAUAUGGGUCAUGUCACAAAUGAGCAGUAUGGUCAUGAAAUAUAUGGAACACAGUGUAUCAGCAUUAGUAUCUCAAUGAAAUUGUUACUCAGAUGUCUAGUUUAUAAUGCUUUGUUUAAUGUUUCACAUGAAUCAACAGCAGCUUUUUUUAAUUUCCUUUAUACAUACAUAUAUACAUAUAUAUAUAUACAUAUAUAUAUACUUAUUUUGUAGAGCGAUCCUGUAUUGUAUAAACAUAUGUAUACAUUUUGUAAAUAACAUUCUUCUACUGAAAAUAAUUGCCAAUGAUUCAUAAAUGUGAAAUAUACAGAUAUUUGUAGUAUAUGUCUCAAUGGAACCACAUAUAUGUAGCAUUAACUUCCUUUUAGCAACAAGUUUUAAUAUUUUCAGCUACUCAAGUAGUGAAAGAUGGCAGCAGAUAUAAAUAUCCAGCAUCUCUAUCUUCUUAUUUGUGACUCGUUUUCAUCAGUAUUAUAAGCAUUUAAGUUUCCUCAAGCAUACCUUUCACAGCAUUCUCAUACAUCUUGUUUUCUUUCAGUCUUUUAUCUAAUCUCAUCUUGUACUGUACUUACACCAUAACUCCCACUGUCCUCAUUCUAUCUGGGAACUCAACCAUUUUCCAUCACUGCUGUCACUACUAAUACCAUCACUGCCUUUAGUGCAGGGUCACAAUAUAUGGAUACAUAUUCAAUAUUAAGAAUAAAACUGCAGUUAUCAUGGAAAUAAGAAGACACUUAUUCUAAGAUUUAUUCAUUAUAAAUUAAAUUACUGGCAGGGGUGGAUCCAGGAUAAAAAUUUGAGGGAGGCUAACCUGAAUUCCUUUACCCUUAAAAUUGGUGGGGAGCCUCAUCAGCUGGGGGUUUGGAGCUGUAAACACCAUCCCCCUUUCCCCUAAAAUUUUUUUGAAAAUUUAGCAAUAUUGAGGGUAUUUUUAAGCUAUAUGCAGAGCUAUUUCUAUGUAAUGAAAGCAGUUAUAAUUUAUAAACAUGACUGAAUAAUUAGAUUAGCCUUGCUCAGUUAGGACAAAGAAUAGCAUUUUUGGAAGUGUGUUUCCACUUUUUAUAUAUUUAUUCUACCAUUCUUAGAUUUAUACAAGUUUUGAGAGUGGUGCCUCGGUGGGCGGCUGGCUGCACAUUGAAUAUUAGUCAUCUGCACUAAUAUUCUAUGUAAAAACUUUCUUCUGAUAGAGAUGGCAGUAUUUGGGCAGGAGAUCACUGGAGCAGACAGUGGUAAGAGUGGUGAGGCAGGGAAAGAUGUCCACCACCAUAAACAGCAGGAGAGAGAGAGAGAGAGAUUGUAUGCUUAUUGAAUGAGUUAGUUUGACCAUCAAUUUGCAAUAUAAAAAGCUUGUAACUUUGAAAGCAUAACUAUAGAUUUUAAUAAUAAUAAUAAUAAUAAUAAUAAUAAUCAUGUAAGUUGGGGCAGCCCAGUGGCUGAGCGCUAACCUGAAUUCCUGUACUCCUUCAGAUUGGUAGCAAGCUGCUGCAAGUGAAGCAAGUCUUAUCAGCUGGGGCUUCUGGGGGGCAGUGUAAACCUGCCCUUCAAUUUUUUUUUUUUUUAUUUAGCAAUCUUGGGGGCAUUUCUAAGCUAAAUGCAGAGCUAUUUUUAUGUAAUAAGAGCAGUAAUAAUCUGCAAACUUUUUUUUUUU